AUGAAAGAUCCUGAUCUUAGAACUGAAUCUUUGAAUUAUAUGAUAAAACAACUUGAUCAGGUUAUUAAUGAAGAAAUAGCAAAAUAUGUUAGCAUAAUGGUGAGGUCUGAUAGUGAUAGAGAAAGUGUAAAGUCUAGUACUAAUCCUAAUAUUCGUAAAAAGGUG